AUGGCACAGAGUGGAAACGGAGCAGCAUAUGAGAGUGAUGUUACAUCACUUGGUACCGGACAAGAGCUGAACUUUGAUGAUGACAGACUGAAAGGUAAAGAUUCUUACAACUGUUAAUAGUGUAUCACCAAAAGGCCUUUAAUAUAGCAAACUAAGGACAAAUGAAAUAAAAUUUAAAAAAAGACAAAAAACCGUCAUUUGAAAACAUUCAACAUACGGAAGUGAUUAAAGAGUCAAAGUCGACAGUAUCUCUACUAAAAGUGGGUUUUUCAUUUUCUUUUUUUUUUAUCUAGAUUAGGCUUUUCGCAGAAUUUCUUUUCGAGUUUAUCACUUAUGGCAUAAUGAAUGGUUGUUUUGGUACUAGUGCUUUAUAUACAAGUAAAGAUAGUGUCAAUUUACACCUUGAUAUUGAUUUUUCCAGAUCAAACCAUUAUGGCACAGAGUGGAAACGGAGCAGCAAGUGAGAGUGAUGUUACAUCACAUGGUACCGGACAAGGGCUAAACUUUGACGAUGACACACUAAAAGGUAAAGAUUCUUACAACUGUUAAUAGUGUAUCACCAAAAGGCCUCUCAUAUAGCAAACUAAGGACAGAUGACAUAAAAUAUACAAAAAAGGCAAAAAACCGUCAUUUAAAAUUAUUCAACAAACGGAAGUGGUUAAAGAGGCAAAGUCGUUAAACAGUAUCUCUACUGAAGGUGUUUUUUAUUUUUUAUCUUAUAUUAGUUAAUACUAGUUAAUACUAGUUAAUAUUAAUUCAAAGCUUUUUGCCGAUUUUUCCAGAUCAAACCCUUAUGGCACAGGGUGGAAACGAAGCAACAUGUGAGAGUGAUGUUACAUCACUUGGUACCGGCCAAAAGCUGAACUUUGAUGAUGACACACUGAAAGGUAAAGAUUCGUACAACUGUUAAUAGUAUAUUACAAAAAGGCCUCUAAUAUAGCAAACUAAGGACAGAUGACAUAAAAUAUACAAAAAAGGCAAAAAACCGUCAUUUGAAAUUAUUCAACAAACGGAAGUGGUUAAAGAGGCAAAGUCGUUAAAUAGUACCUCUACUGCGGGUGUUUUUUUCAUUUUUUACCUAGAUUAAGCUUUUCGUAGAAUUUGUGGUCGAGUUUAUCACUUGUGGCAUAAUGAAUGGCUGUUUUGGUACUACUGCUUUAUAUACAAGUAAAGAAAAUGUCAAUUUAUAGCUUUAUACUGAUUUUCCAGAUCAAACCAUUAUGGCACAGAGUGGAAAUGGAGCAGCAAGUAAAAGUGAUGUUACAUCACAUGGUACCGGACAAGAGCUGAACUUUGACGAUGACACACUAAAAGGUAAAGAUUCUUACAACUGUUAAUACUGUAUCACCAGAAGGCCUUAAAGACUGCAAACUAAGGACAGAUGAAACAAAAUAUACAAAAAAGGCAAAAAAUCGUCAUUUGAAAUUAUUUAACAAACCGAAGUGGUUAAAGAGUUAAAGUCGUUAAACAGUAUCUCUACUGAAGGUGGUUUUUUCAUUUUUUAUCUAGAUUAGGCUUUUCGUAGAAUUUGUGGUCGAGUUCAUCACUUGUGGCAUAAUGAAUGGAUGUUUUGGUACUGGUGCUUUAUAUACAAGUGAGGAUAAUGUCAAUUUAUAGCUUGAUACUGAUUUUUCCAGGUCAAACCAUUAUGGCACAGAGUAGAAACGGAGCAGCAGGUGAGAGUGAUGUGAUAUUAUUCAGUUAACGUACUUCAUAACUGCAAAACAGAUUGUCGAAUACGAAGCAGAAUCAGAGAGACCUAUAAGUCAAAAGGAAAGAACCACGAAUGGGAAAAGAACAAAGUAUCCUCUAUUUUUUGAAAACCGAAAUACACUCAACUGGAAAACGAAGCGCCCUCAACCCCGGUGAAAGAGCCUGCAAUAAACCCAAUGAUAUUGUGUUAGUUCUAAACAUGCCGAAUUUUUUGUUAUCUGCUGGGCGAUUUUAGCAUGGUUUAAGUUGUCGAAUUUGUCGAUUUUUCUUCGCUGUGUUACGGAGUUCGGUAUACCACUAGCCGCUCCAAUCUUAAUUUUUUAGCAUGCGUAUACUUCUACUACAAGACCGGGUUCAAUAGUGUGAUAUCGUGCCCAGUUGUGGUAGUAUAAAGAGUUUCACUUUAGUGCCAAACAAUAUUCCCAUGGUAAUUUGUUAUGCGGUUGAAGACCCUCGUUGAACCCAUCAACAGAAACGUUUAGAAAGGCUGCAUUUAUAUUAAUGGAUGACGAAAUCCUAUGGUGCAACCACAGCACCUUCACAUGGUACCAUUUAUUAUAAUUAUUAACAUUAUGAUUAUGAUGAUGAUGUUGAUGAUGAUCAUUAUUAUUAAUUGAAAAGGUUAUUUCAGUGUUAAUCCAAUCUUAAGUUUUGGUAGUUUUUUAGGGCAAAAAAAGUGCUGUUGUCAAUGUGGUCAUAGCCUCCAAAUAACUUCAAGUAGCAAACGGGAUUUAUCUAAUUAACAAUGUUUUUAUCACAAACUUUUAUCAACAAAGUAUCACUGAUCAAUAACGAAAGCUGUUGCAAAUUAUGAUUAUUAUCUCCCUUAACGAGUUCUAUGAAUCUCCAAGUAAACGUAACCAAGUUUCACUUGCACGAAAAUGAAACCUUAUGUUUACAGGCGACAUUCUAAUGAUAGCACAUUGCUGCAAUUGACUCCUAAUUCUGUUUUCAAAUAUGCUUCUGUCACGUGUUACGGAAGUCGGAUUGUAACUCCAUGCUGCUACUAAGUCGAUUGACUACGUAACAAAAAAAUAACUGAAAAAAAAAAAACAUCGCUCUGAAUUUGAAGAUGAAUCAGCUUACAAGGUUGUCGAAACGUAAGUUCGCAAUGGUCGGUUACUAGGGUGACGUGAGCGAGUGGGCCACUGAAAUUCUGAAAAGCAGUUUCAUGUUUUAUUAAGUUGAUAUAUUAUAUUAUUGAUAUAUAUUUUGUAAUUAUAAUAUUAUUGUAUUUACAUUCUCAAUUAAUUUAUAUAUUUGUAUUUUUUAUUCUAUUGAGCUGAAAAGCCCACUUAGGGAGCAUCAAUAAAGUGUAUGUAUAUGUAUAUGUAUGUCUUGAUUGAAAGCGCAAUGAAAAACUGAAUUAGAGUACAUGUACUGUCCUGUUCUAUGAAAAUGACUUCACCGCGAAUUUCAUGACUGCCCUGCCACAUAAUUUCAAUGAAUUUGUUGCAAUGAAAUGUGCGUUUACCACUUGUGGCAAAAUGGAUGGUUGUUUUGGUAAUAAUGCUUAUACAAGUGAAGAUAAUAUCAAUUUAAAGCUUUUUACUGAUUUUUCCAGAUCAAACCAUUAUGGCACAGAGUGGAAACGGAGCAGCAUGUGAGAGUGAUGUUACAUCACAUGAUACCGAACAAGAGCUGAACAUUGAUGAUGACACACUGAAAGGUAAAGAUUCUUACAACUGUUAAUACUGUAUCCCCAACAAGACUUUAACAUAGCAAAAUAAGGAGGGAUGAAAUAAAAGAUACAGAAAAGGAAAAAAAAAUCCGUCAUUUAAAAACAUUCAACAUAUCAAAGUGGUUAGAGAGUCAAAGUCGAAGGUGGUUUCUCAACUUUUUAUCUAGAUUAGGCUUUUUCUAGAAUUUGUGGCCGACGAAUGCUGAAUUUUCUCCCAGCAGGUAUGAUUUCUUUUUUCCUGCCAACCCGAAAGAUGCACGCUGCCGCACAACACCUUUAAUAAUAGUGUAAGUUCCGUCUAGCGCUACAAAUUUAAUGCUUUUCUAGCUUUUUUGGCGUUUUUAACUCUAGAAAGUGAGCAUAACUAACGACCAAAUUUGCCACUAUUCUGUGACCAAUGUCAUGGUCAACGCCAUUUAUUAGUGAACAAGUGACACCAUUUGCCUAAACGGGGAGUAAAUGACCUCUGUCAUGAUCACUUUUUUUGUUUUAAUAUGCAGCAGAGAGACGAAGACGGAAAUGAACAUAUUAAAAAGUUGCACACGAUAGUCCGUAUUGUACUCUUAUCUUUUGUUCUCACAAUUAUAAUUCACUAUUUUAUUUUUUAACAUCAUGGCAAGUUUCAUUCCCAAAGGAGUAUUCCGGAUUUUAAGAGACGAGGAUGAACUAAUUAGGGGAAAAAUCAAAACCCACAAAAGUUCCCUGAACCAAAAAUUAACCCCCAAAAAAUCCUAUACAGAACUACACACCGACAAAAUUAUUCACUUAAAAUCAAGCCAACUAAGAAAAUACUUGCCACAUUUUUCCUACCCCAAAAGAAUCCCGGAAUUGAAAAUUUUAAGCCCAAAAAAUCCUUCUAUCAUCGCCGUCAAUUGAAAUCCGGACUACCUCAACUGGAGUUUCGUUCCAACCCAAAUUUCUUAAUCAAAAGUUUGCUUAUGGCGUACUUCAUAACCGCAAAACAGAUUGUCGAAGCUGAAUCGGAGAGACCUACAAGUAAAAAGGAAAGAACCACGAAUGGAAAAAACAAACAAGUACCCUGUAUUUUUUGGAAACCGAAAUACACUCAGCUCGAAAACGAAGAACCCUCAUUGCCGAUGAAAGGGUGUGCAAUAAACCAAAUGGGUCCGUAAAUUUGAAGCGUGACCAUCCCCUUUGGGUAUUUGCGUUGCCUCGACGUACUCUUACCCAUUGUUGGGUAUUUGGAAUCAAAUGUUUUGGCUCGGGGAGGGGAGAGUAUAGUAGAGUUUUACAUUUUUAGCGCCUUACAUUGAGAAAGUUUGCGGUAUUGUGGUGUUUGGCAAAUUUUCAUGCGGUACUUAUGUAAUUGUGGCCUUGAAUUCUGAUAUUGUGGUAUUUCUAAACAUGCAGAAGUUUUUGUGACUGGCUCGGGGAUUUUUAGCAUGGUUGUGUCGAAUUUCUCGAUUUCUCUUUGCAGUGUUACGGUGUUCCGUAUACCCCUAGCCGCUCUUCAAUGUUUUUUUUUUUUGCGCAUGCGUAUACUUCUGCCAAAAGACCAGCUUUGAUAGUGUGAUGUGACCAGUUGCGGUUUUAGAAAGGUUUACCAAACAAUAUUCCCAUGAUAAUUUGUUAUGCGUUUGGACCCAUCAACAGAAAUAAUUAGCAAGGCAUUUAUAAUAACGGAUGCUGAAAUCCUAUGGUGCAACCACAGCACCUUCACAUUUUACCAUUUAUUAUUAUAAUUAUUAUAACUAUUAUAUUAUUAUUAUUAUUACUAUUUGAAAAGGUUAUUUUAGUGUUAAUCCAAUCUUAAGUUUUUGUAGUUUUGAAAGUAAAAAAAGUGUUGUUGUUGAUGUGGUCAUAGCAGCCAAACAUCUUUAAGUAGCAAACCGAAUUUAUAUACUUAACAGUGUUUUUAUCCCGAGUUUUUAUCAACAAAGUAUUACCAAUGACGAAAGCCGUUGCAAAUUAUGACGAUUAUCCCGUUACGUUCUAUAAAACUAAAAGUAAACUUUACCGAAUUUCACUAGCACCAAAAAGAAACAAUAUGUUUAUAAGGAUUAUUGCUGCAAUUGACUCCUGAUUCUGUUUCCAAAUAUGGUUCUGUCACGUGUUACUGAAGUGGUACUGUUAACUCCCUGCUGCUACUAAGUCGAUUGACUAGGGUAACAAAAAAGAACUGCAAAAAACGUCGCUCUAAAUCUGAAACUGAAUCAGCCACCGAGAUUGUCGGAAAGUGAGUUGGCAAUGGUUGGUUACUAGGGUGUUCUGAGCGACUUAGCUACUGAAUUCUGGAAAGCAGUUUCAUGUCUUGAAUGAAAGCAUAACGGAAAACUGAAUCAGAUUACGUUACCGUCCUGUUGUUUGAAAAUUACUUCACCGCUCAUUUCAUGACAGCCUGCCACAGAAUUUUGAUUGAUUUGUUCAGUCAAUAAAAGUUUUAUACUAAUGUGAGUUUACCACUUGUCGCAAAAUGAAUGGUUCUUUUGGUAACAGUGCUUAUACAAGUGAAGUUAAUAUUAAUUUAAAGCUUUUUACCGAUUUUUCCAGAUCAAACCAUUAUGGCACAGAGUGGAAACGGAGCAGCAUGUGAGAGUGAUGUUACAUCACUUGGUACCGGACAAGAGCUGAACUUUGAUGAUGACACACUGAAAGGUAACGAUUCUUACAACUGUUAAUAGUGUAUCACUAAAAAGCCUUUAACAUACUAAACUAAGCACAAGUAAAAUAAAAUAUACAGAAAAGACAAAAAACCGUCAUUUGAAAACAUUCAACAUACGGAAGUGGUUAAAGAGUCAAAGUCGUUAAACAUUAUCUCUACUGAAGGUGAUUUUUUAACUUUUCAUCUGGAUUAGGCUUUUCCUAGAAUUUGUGGUGGAGUUUACCACUUGUGACAAAAUGAAUGGCUGUUUUGGUACUAGUGCUUUAUAUACAAGUAAAGAUAAUGUCAGUUUACAGCUUUAUACCGAUUUUUCCAGAUCAAACCAUUAUGGCACAGAGUGGAAACGGAGCAGCAAGUGAGAGUGAUGUUACAUCACAUGGUACCGGACAAGAGCUGAACUUUGAUGAUGACACACUGAAAGGUAAAGAUUCUUACAACUGUUAAUAGUGUAUCACCAAUUAGCCUUUAACAUAGAAAUUUAAGGAGAAAUGAAAUAAAAGAUACAGAAAGGAAAAAAACCGUCAUUUGAUACCAUUCAACAUACAUAAAGACUGGAAGUCGUUAAACAUUAUCUCCACUGAAGGUGUUUUUUACUUUUUGUCUAGAUUAAACUUUUUCUAAAAUUUGUGGUGGACGAAUUCCUUUAUCUUGUGGAUUCACCGUUACAUAUAGCCCUGCUUUAGCUCCCGCCAAGUAUGAUUCCUAUUUUCCCGCCAACCCGAAAGAUGCACACGCACCUCAUAAUGGUUUAUUAGUGUGAGCUACAAAUUUAAUACAUUUUUAGCAUUUUUAACAUCAGAAAGUGAGGAACGGAACGACCAAAUUUGCACCUAUUUCACAAGUCUGUGAGCAAUGUCAUGAUCUAGUACAAACAUUAACCAUAAAGGACUGCAAAGGACCGCAAAUGAAUAUGUCGGAGAUCGUAGGAUCCAUAAAGACCUGAUCAGCAAAAAUGAAAAGUGAAAAGUAGACAUAUUAAAUUCUGCAAGCAGAAUACUGCAAUGCUGACCGUACUACGUGAAAAUUAACUCUGCAAGACAUCAACACGACACCGAAAGAACUCAAAACAGAGCGAGAUUGUAGCCAUAGUCAUGAUCAACGCCAUUUAUGAGUUAACAAGUGACACCAUUUGCCUAACCGGGGAAUAAUUAUACCCGUGGUAUUUUUCGUUUUAAUCUGUAGCAAACAGACGAAGACGGACUCCCGGAUGAACACACAAAAAAGUUGCACACGAUAGUCCGUAUUGUACUCUUAUCUUUUGUACUCACAAUUAUAACUCGCCAUUUUAUUUUUUUAUACCAUAGUAAGUUUCGUUCCCAAGGGUUAUUACGGAUUUUAACAGACGUGGAUGACCAAAUGGAUGCAAAAAUCAAAACCCAAAAUUCCCUGGACCAAAAAUUAACCCCAAAAAUCCUAUACAGAACUAUGCACCGACAAAGUUCUUUAGUUUAAGUCAAGCCAACUAAGAAAAUACCUGUCAAAUUUUCCUACCCCAAAAGAAUUCCGGAAUCGAAAAUUUCAAACCCAACAAAUCCUUCGAUCAUCGCCGUCAGUUGAAAUCGGCAGUUCCUCCACUGGGGUUUCGUUCCACCCCAAGUUUCUUUAUCGAAAAUUAUGCUUAUGACGUACUUCAUAACUGUAAAACAGAUUGUCGAAAUCAAAGCUGAAUCGGAGAGACCUACAAGUAAAAGGGAAACAACCACGAAUGGAGAAAGAACCAAGUAUUUUCUAUUUUUUGGAAACCGAAAUACACUCAACUGGAAAACGAAGCACCCUCAACCCUGGUGAAAGGGCCUGCAAUCAACUACAACUGGUCAGUUAAUUUGAAGCGUGACCAUCCCUUUGGGUAUUUUCGCUGCCUCUGGAUACUCUUACCCACAAUGGGGUAUUUGGAAUCAAUGUUUGCCUCGGGGAGGGGAGAGUAUGGUAGUGUCUGACAUUUUUAGCACCUAACAAUGAGAAAUUUUUUGGCAUCGUGGUGUUUGGCAAAUUUCAUGCGGUACUUCUGUAAUUGUGGUCUCGAAUUCGAUAUUGUGGUACUUCUAAACAUGUAGAAUUUUUCUGUUAUUGGCUCGGCGAUUUUUAACAUGGUUUAAGUUGUCGAAUUUGUCGAUUUUUCUUCGCUGUGUUACGGAAUUGGGCAUACCCCUAGCCGCUUCAAUUUUAAUUUUUUUAGCAUGCACAUACUUCUACUAUAAGACCGCCUUCGAUAGUGUGAUAUCGUGCCCAGUUGUUGUAGUUGAAAGGUUUUCUCUUCAGUGCCAAACAAUAUUCCCAUGGUACUUUGUUAUGUGGCUGAAGGCUCUCGUUGAACCCAUCAACUGAAACAUUUAGAAAGGCUGCAUUUAUAUUAAUGGCUGUCGAAAUCCUAUGGUGCAACCACAGCACCCUCACAUAGUACCAUUUAUUAUUAUUAAUAUUAUGAUGAUGUUGAUGAUGAUUGUGAUGAUUAUUAUUAUUUGAAAAGGUUAUUUUAGUGUUAAUCCAAUCUUAAGUUUUUGUCGUUUUGAAAGUAAAAAAAGUGUUUUUGUUGAAGUGGUCGUAGCAGCCAAACAUCUUUAAGUAGCAAACCGAAUUUAUAUAAUUAACAAUGUUUUUAUCACGAAUUUUUAUCAACAAAGUAUUACCACUAACGAAUUAAAGAUGUUGCAAAUUAUGACGAUUAUCCCUUAAGUUCUGGCUAAAGUGAACUUUACCGAGUUUCAUCUUGCACCAAAAAAAAUUCAAUAUGUUUCAAAUAAGGGUCAUUUUGAUAGCACAAUUUGCUGCAAUUGACACCUGAUUCUGUUUUCAAAUAUGGUUUUUUCACAUGUUACUGAAGUUGCACUGUAAGACCUUUUUACAUGGGUUGGGGACCCCAGUCUAGUGGGGUAGGGGUUUCCUUUGUUUUGUGUCCCCAGAGCGUGAAAACAAAAGAAACCAACCCCACUAGAUCGGGGUCCCCCACCCAUGUAAACAGGCCCUAAUCCGUGGGUUGUUACUCCUGGUGCUACCCCGGUCUAGUGGGGUAGGUUUCCUUUUGUUUUUGUCCCCCAGAGCGUAAGUCGACUCUAAUCGAACUCAAUCGGUGGAUUGAGUUCGAUUGAGUUCGGCAAUCGAACGAAAUCGAACUCACCGAAAAGAAAAAAAUCAAUCGAACCCAAUCGAACGUUCAUUUUCGAACUCGUGGAUUUAUGUAAAAACAGACGUUGAAAAUCCAUUACCAGAUCUUAGAAGCUCGAGUUACUUCAGCCCUGAGUGUAGCGCACGUGUUUUUCGUAAACGAAGCGAAAUGCGUGAAAUGGCUUCAGAUGCGUUGAUCGUAAGCUUCAAAUGUAUAGUCAAAGGCUACCAGGAAUGCCGCUUUUAAAGGGUUUUCCGGGCGAAAGAAAUAGGCGAGAAAGGUCAGCCUUCCGAAUUGUAAACGAGCGCGGACAAUUUAUAGGUCACCUUCAACGUGAACUGGUUGCUUCCCUGUGGCCUGUAAAUGCUUCGAUAACUUGGUAAGUGAAGAUGUUUGUCAGGGAUUGCGGAAUAUAUAAAUGUGUGUUAUUGAAUAAAUAGAAAAAGCGCAAGAAAACUUGGUUUGGAUUGGUCUUGCUUUUGGGCUUGAUUUGUAUAGUGUUCAGAGCCAACUCGAACGAAACCAUUUAAUUGUGUUCGAUUGAGUUCGGUUUCCGAACUCAAUCGAACUCAGACGGAUAGAGUUCGAUUGAGUUCGAUUUGUUCGAUUGAAUUCGAUUUGUUCGGAAAUCGAACUCACUGAAACUGUGGUGUUCGAUUUCGUUCGAUUGCCGAACUCAACACUUGUCGAUUAUAAAAAUAUAAGACAUUGUUUUUCAAAUUUUCUUUUAAGGUUUUCAAGAGUAAGAACAAAAUAAGAAUUCGGUGAAGUUUCAGUGUCAGGGAAUGUUUCUUGCGCGUUCACCCUUCUCUCGAAGUUGCCACUGCAUCCUGCCGUGUUUUGUUCGAAAAACAGGAAUAAAAAGCAAAAAAAAAAAAAAACUGAAAAAAACGUCGCUCUGAAUCUGAAACUGACGGAAUCAGCCACCGAGAUUGUCGAAACGUGAGUUCACAAUAAUUGGUUACUAGGGUAGCCUGAGCGACUGGGCUACUGAAUUCUGGAAAGCAGUUACUAACAUGUCUUGAUUAAAAGCGCAAUGGAAAACUGAAUCAGUUUACGUGUACUGUCCUGUUGUUUGAAAAUUACUUCACCGCGCAUUUCAUGAGUGCCUGCCACAGAAUUUUGAUGAUUUCGUCCGUCAAAAAAAGUUUUAAUGUGAGUUUAGCACUUGUGGCAAAAUGGAUGGUUGUUUUGGUAAUAGUGCUUAUACAAGUGAAGUUAAAUAAAGAAUAAUACAUAGUCGCGCGGAGAUAUGGAAUUUAUCUUCGAGUGUUCACAUCGAUAUCGAACGAGUGAGAUAUCGAAUGUGAACACGAGAAGAUAAAUUCCAUUUAUCCAAGCGUCCAUGUAUUAUUCUGUUUAUUAUAUAAACAAGAAUCAGCCAUUCCAUAAACCAAAACCAUGCCAUAUAGUCGAGAACCCGACAAAUGUAAUUCAUUGUUUAAAAUACUCCAGUGUAAACUCGGAGCUCUACAAAGUACAGUAAAAAAUAAAUACAAAUAUUAAAAAUGUCCGGUAUCUUGUUCAAAAUAUAAUAGACAAGAUAAAUGGUUAAAAUGUUCUCAAACUAUCAAAUAUCAAUAAUUUCACAUUUAAAAAUAUCGUAUUUUUACGUGUGUUCAGAUACCACAUUUCUCGGUGGUAGAAAUCCUUGUAAAACACUGCAGUUUAUAUAAUAAUAUUAAUUUAAAGCUUUUUACUGAUUUUUCCAGAUCAAACCAUUAUGGCACAGAGUGGAAACGGCGCAGCAUGGGAGAGUGAUGUUACAUCACUUGGUACCGGACAACAGCUGAACUUUGAUGAUGACACACUAAAAGGUAAAGAUUCUUACAACUGUUAAUAGUGUAUCACCAACAGGACUUUAACUUAGCAAAAUAAUGAGGAAUGAAAUAAAAGAUACAGAAAAGGAAAAAAAAAACCGUCAUUUGAUAACAUUCAACAUACGGAAGUGGUUAAAAAGUCAAAGUCGUUUAACGUUGUCUUAACUGAGGGUGGUUUUAUCCUUUUAUCUAGAUAAGGCUUUUUCUAAAAUUUGUGGUUGACGACUAAUUACUUUAUCUUGUGGAUUCACCGUUAUAUACAGUGGUGCAUUAGCUCUCGGCAAGUACAAGUACUAUUUUCCCGUUAACCGAAGGAUGAACACGUAUUGCAUAACGCCUUAGUAGUGUUCUCUGGAGCUACAAAUUUAAUGCAUUUCCAGCUUUUUAGCAUUUUUAACUUCAGAAAGUGAGGAACUGAACGACCAAAUUUGCCACUAUAUCACAAAUCUGUGACCAAUGUCAUGGUCAACGCCAUUUAUGAAUUAACAAGUGACACCAUUUGCCAAACCGGGAAGAAAUGAUCUCUCUCAUAUAUGUUGUUUAGUAAUCUCUAGCAAAGAGACGAAGACGGAAAUUAAACAAAAAAAAGUUGCACACGGUUUUCCCGUAUUGUACUCUUAUCUUUUGUUUUCACAAUUAUAAUUCACCAUUUUAUUUCUGUUUUCUUUAUUUAUUUUUUCUAUCACUUUUCCCACCGAAAGGAUCAGUUUAUUGUUUUAAUCGCCUCCUUCGAAUAAUCGCCCCCUAUAAAGGGAAAAUUUGAAAUAAUCGCCUCCCAAAACCCCACCCCCGCUCGUCCUUUGAGUUCUCGCUUCCUGGUCCUGUUUUUAUCCCUCGUCCCGAAUAUCACUUCCAAAGAUCUGCUAAGUGCCGCAUCCCGCCUGUUGCAGACCACCUACCCCCCAGCCUUCUUUGUUUGAGGGAAGGGGGUCUGUUACAGGGUUUCCCAAGGCUUAGAGGUGAGUAUGGAACAAGUGAGAACUGCGAAAGCUGGAGACCAGCGUGGAGAGCGCAAGCGGGGAGUGAUGGGAAGGAAUAAGAGAGAAAGCUUCAUUUUUUCUCCCCUUCCCAUCACAACUUUCGCCCCCUUUCCUUAACAAUUAACUCAAAUAUCCCCCGAAAAGUGAUCGCGAGCGACUGGGAACAAUGCAGGGGAGGGGAGGGGAGGGGCUAUACACCAUGAGGUUUAAUGACAUUUCAACCUGCUUCAUUUUUAGCAAUAGCUGAGGUGUACAAAACCGAAGGCAAUGAAGCGUACUUACAGGAAGAUUACAGCAACGCCGUUUACUUUUAUACUGAGGGAAUUAAAGUAAACUGCAAGGACAAAGACCUAAAGGCGAAACUGUACAGUAACAGAGCUUAUGCAAAUCUUCGUUUAGGUAAGGCUACUUGUAUUUUGAAAAUAAAGAAAUAUUGCUUAUUUCUGAUUGUUUAACCACUGAUGUUGAAUGUUUGCCAGUGUGAUCACAUGACUUGCUUUGGAAUGGUCCGUCAGGGGGUUUCCAGAUUUCACUGAUCUUAUUUGCUUUGAGUUUGCUUUGCUGCGUUUGCUGUGAGUAAUUUUUGUUUGUUUGCAUUUUUAACAUUCAUAGGAAACUACAUUUACUCCCUGGUAGAUGGACAAAACGCCAGGGACAUUCGACCAUUGGCAAUCAAACCAAUAAUAGCAGGUAAUUUUAGAAGAAUUUUUUUUAACUAUUUAGUAUCUAAGAAACAGAAUGGAUCAUAAUUAUACUAGUAAUGUUGGCAAGCAUUCUAUUUACCCCCUACAAAGUUCAAACGUUUAAAUAAUAUGGAAGAAAUUAAACUUUAGAUUUGGAGUCCAGGGUGUAACAAAGUCAUCAUCAAAUGUUUGUUUGCUCACGGGCUCUUUUAUAGUACAAAAAUUGGCAAUUACGGUUAUUCGUAGGCUACUUGCGACAUAGUUCUUCAUUCUCUUGAACAUAGGCACGUAUGACGUGCAUGAACUAUCAUGGAUGCUUCAGUGUAACUGUACCACGAAUGUACCCAUUUAAGCCUAAUUUUAGAGUGGCUUAUUGUUUGAAAUUGUCCGGAAAUUGGGUGUUGUUGUACAUGAAAAUGAUAAAAGUAGCAAAAUGACAGCUUAAAACGCGAAAGUUGCGGAAAACUGAGUCUAUCCUUAUCGCUAUAGAAAACUUAUCCUGAAGGAUUAUAUGCUUCUGGUUCAUCACACUGCGACAGACAUACAAAGAUACUAAUACACUAUAAGAACUCCGACAAAUGAGAAAUUUUGAGAAAUGGCAGGUAGGAAGGGAGCAAGACAAAAAAUGUUUUCAACAUGCUUUAUUUUUACGAUUUUAGGGGCGAAAGCGUUUGAGAAGUUAAAACUGUUUGAGCUGGUGAUCACUUGGUGUGAUCAAGGAUUAGCAGUAUCCUUUUACUCUUUACAUUCUUCCAUUGCUGAAAAAUGGUUUAUUUUCGCAACUUGUUGUAUACACUUCCGUUACGAUUUGUCUACCAUUUUUCUUGACUAA